AUGACGUCCGUUGCGACAGUACCGGUGGCGUUAGUAACAGCCGCCGCGAAGCGCCUUGGCUGUGGCAUUGCUGAAAUCCUUCACGCACAGGGGUACGCCGUCUGCUUGCAUUAUCAUCGCUCUGCUGAAGAUGCGAACACACUUACCGCGACGCUCAACUCAAGGCGACCGAACAGCGCCAUUGCGGUGCAGGCGGACUUGAGCGCCGUUGCCACAGCGUCGGUCAGUAGCGCUCAUGACGCGGCUCCUAUUUCCCUCGUUCAGCGCUGCGCUGGGUUGGUGGAUGCGUGCUACAACCACUGGGGACGCUGCGACGUGCUCGUAAACAACGCCUCUGCCUACUACCCCACGCCACUGCUGAACAAGGUCGAGGAGGGACACGAGCCGUCUAUGAAUGAGGAGACCGAGGCAGCGGCCGCCGCUGACCUCUUCGGCACCAACGCGCUUGCGCCCUUCUUCUUGAUUAAGGCGUUCGCCCAGCGCGUCGCGGACAUUCCAGCUGAGCAGCGCAGCGACAACUACUCCAUCGUGAAUAUCAUCGACGCCAUGACAAACCAGCCUCUUCUCGGGUUCACCAUGUACACUAUGGCUAAGGAGGCGUUGGAGGGGCUCACACGGUCUGCUGCGCUGGAGCUUGCACCGCUGCAGGUUCGCGUGAACGGCGUUAGCCCAGGUCUGUCACUGUUCCCUGCUGACAUGCCCUCUGCCGUGCAGGCGGACUAUCGUAGCAAGGUGCCCCUCUACCAGCGCGAGUCCACCGCCGAAGAGGUGGCCGCCGCGGUUUUUUUCCUGUGCUCCUCCAGCGCGAAAUACAUCACUGGCACGUGUGUCAAGGUUGAUGGUGGCUACAGCCUUACCCGGGCCUGA